AUGUGGUCCCAAAGAGACCCAUCUUCCAGAAGAUCCGGUGAUGGUAACAUCUUCAUCAAGAACUUGCACCCAGCUAUUGACAACAAGGCUUUACACGACACCUUCUCUGCUUUCGGUAAGAUUUUGUCCUGUAAGGUUGCUACCGAUGACAUGGGUCAAUCCAAGUGUUUUGGUUUCGUUCACUAUGAAACUGCCGAAGCUGCUGAGGCCGCUAUUGAAAACGUCAACGGUAUGUUGUUGAAUGACCGUGAAGUUUACGUUGGUAAGCACAUCUCCAAGAAGGACCGUGAAUCCAAGUUUGAAGAAAUGAAGGCCAACUACACCAACAUUUACGUCAAGAACAUUGAUUUGGAAUUCUCCGAUGAAGAAUUUGAAAAGUUGUUUGUUCCAUUCGGUACUAUCACCUCCAUCUACUUGGAAAAGGACCAAGAUGGUAAGUCCAAGGGUUUUGGUUUCGUCAACUACGAAACCCACGAAUCUGCAGUCAAGGCCGUUGAGGAAUUAAACGACAAGGAAAUCAAUGGUCAAAAGAUUUACGUUGGUAGAGCCCAAAAGAAGAGAGAAAGAAUGGAAGAAUUGAAGAAGCAAUACGAAUCCACCAGAGUUGAAAGAUUAUCUAAAUACCAAGGUGUCAACUUGUUUGUCAAGAACUUGGAUGACUCUAUUGAUUCCGAAAAAUUAGAAGAAGAAUUCAAGCCAUUUGGUUCCAUCACUUCUGCCAAGGUCAUGGUUGACGAAGCUGGUAAGUCCAAGGGCUUUGGUUUCGUUUGUUUCUCCUCCCCAGAAGAAGCCACCAAGGCUAUUACUGAAAUGAACCAAAGAAUGAUCUUGGGCAAGCCAUUAUACGUUGCUUUAGCUCAACGUAAGGAUGUUAGACGUUCUCAAUUGGAACAACAAAUCCAAGCUAGAAACCAAAUGAGAAUGCAAAAUGCUGCUGCCUCUGGUGGUAUUCCAGGUCAAUUCAUCCCCCCAAUGUUUUACGGUCAACAAGGUUUCUUCCCACCUAACGGUAGAGGUAACGCUCCAUUCCCAGGUCCAAACCCACAAAUGAUGAUGAGAAGAGGACAACAAUUCCCAGGUCCAGAACAAUGGCCAAGACCAGGACCAAACGGUCAACCAGUUCCAGUUUACGGUAUCCCACCUCAAUUCCAAGAUUUCAAUGGUCAACCAAUGAGACAACAACAAAGAGGUGGUUACUAUCCAAACCGUAACCAAAACAAGGGUGGUCGUCAACAAAAGGACUUGGCUGCCAUCAUUGCCAAUGCUCCACCUGACCAACAAAAGAGAAUCUUGGGUGAAGAAUUGUACCCAAAGAUUGUUGCUACUGGUAAGGCUCAAGAACCAGAAGCUGCCGGUAAGAUCACUGGUAUGAUGUUGGGCUUGGAAAACCAAGAAAUUUUGGAUUUAUUAGAAGAUGAUGAAUUGUUUAACAACCACUUUGAAGAUGCUUUGACUGCUUUUGAAGAAUACAAGAAGUCUGAAGCUGGUGCUCCAGCUCCAGCUGCUCCAGAGCAACCACAAGCUUAA